GUGGCAGAUAUACUACCACUCGUAAAGAGUAGAGAUCAGAAGGGACUGAAGGGACUGAGUGUAGUGGGAAGAUUGAGUGUCAUUUCCGAGCCGUUCAGAAACGGUCCUGACUUCAUGGUGAUCCUCAGAAUCACCGACACUUCAGACACAUCCGCCCACUGUCACCUUAUCACUCAGUCUCCUGAGCUCCUGUGUCUUCCUCGAGUCAUGAAGCUGUUUGAAGUCUACGCCUUCACCCACCUCAAGUCCGCCAUCAUGAACAAGGGUAGAGAGGAUGAAGCAACUGUACUCACAACCACUUCU